AUGGUAUAUCGGAAUGCCAUAUCGCAGUUCGGUAUACCGCAAAAGUACGGCAUACCGACGGCAUACCGAAAUGCGGAAAUCAAUUUACCAAAAAAUGGUUUCAAUGUAAAUGCAAUGAAACAAUUAUCUCUGUUGAGCAGCUGCAAAUCCCUUCGAUCCCUCCAACAACUGCAAGCCCACGCCACCAAAUCCUCCCUCGACACCGACCCUCUCUUCGCCGGCAAGCUCCUUCUUCACUGCGCCGUCCACAUCUCCGACGCCCAUGACUACGCCGAGCGCCUCCUCCUCCACGCCCCGAACCCCGACGCCUUCAUGUACAACGCCGUCAUCCGCGGCUUCUCCGAUUCCGACUCCCCCCGCCGCUCCAUCUCCACCUUCUCCCUCAUGCUCAGGAAUCUCAGCUCCCAAAUCGACAGCUUCACCCUCGCAUUCUCCCUCAAAUCCGCCGCGAAUCUCCGCUGCCUCCGCACCGGGGCUCAGCUGCACUGUCAGGCGCUGCUGCGUGGGCUCGAAUCCCACAUCUUCGUAGGGACUACCUUGGUCAGCAUGUAUGGUGAAUGCGGCCGUGUUGAGUUUGCACGCGAUGUGUUUGAUGAAAUUCCUGAGCCAAAUACCGUGACGUGGAACGCGCUGCUGACGGCUUUCUUCCGGCGUGGAGAUGUCGGGGGUGCGGAGAGGGUGUUUGCUGCGAUUCCGGAGAAGAGCCCGACUUCGUAUAACUUGAUGCUGGGAGGGUACGCGAAAUUGGGGGAGUUUGCGAUUGCGGGGAAGGUGUUUGAUGAAAUGCCGGUCAAGGAUGAGGUGUCGUGGAGCACGAUGAUUCUGGGGCAGGCGCAGCACGGCUGGUUCGAGGAGGCGUUUGCGUGUUUCCGGAGGCUGCGUGGGGCCGGGACGAGGCCGAAUGAGGUGAGCUUAACCGGGGUUCUAUCUGCUUGCGCUCAAGCAGGGGCGCUGGAGUUUGCGAAAAUGGUGCAUUGCUUUGUUGAGAAAGUUGGUUUGAUUUGGAUCACUCCUGUGAACAACGCGUUGAUGGAUACUUACUCCAAGUGCGGGAGCGUGGAUAUGGCUCGUCUCGUGUUUGAGAGGAUGCCGGGGAAGAGGAGCAUCGUCUCUUGGACAACGCUGAUCGCGGGCCUAGCAAUGCAAGGUCACGGUGAGGAAGCGCUUGCUCUGUUUCUUGAAAUGGAGCGCUCUGGUGUCGAACCUGAUGGGACCGCGUUCGUUGCCCUGCUCUACGCGUGCGCGCACGCUGGUCUGGUCGAGGAAGGGAGUGAGAUGUUCGAUAAAAUUUCCAAUCUAUAUAAGCUCGAUCCUGAGAUUGAGCAUUAUGGAUGUAUGGUUGAUCUAUACGGCCGGGCCGGCCAGCUCGCUCGUGCGUACGAAUUCGUGACUCAGAUGCCGAUCCCCCCCAACGACGUCAUCUGGCGGACGCUUCUUGGCGCGUGCAGCUUCCACGGAAACGUGCACCUCGCGGAGAAGGCAAGGGACAAGCUCUCGGAGAUUGAUCCAAACAACACUGGCGACCACGUCCUGCUGUCAAACAUCUACGCCGUCGCAGGGAAGUGGAGGGACGCGGCCGUGGUGAGAAGGUCGAUGGCGGAGCUCAAGCUGAGGAAAAGCCCGGGCUGGAGUAGGAUCGAGGUCGAUAAGAUGGUGUAUACGUUCGUAGCCGGUGUGAGGGAGGAUGAUGACGCGACGAGGGAGGCGUACGAGAAGCUCGGUGAGGUGAUGUCAAGGAUCCGGGUCGAAGGAGGGUACGUCCCGGAGGUUGUGAGCGUCCUGCACGACGUGGAGGAGGAGGAGAAGGAGGGCUCGGUGGCUGCGCACAGCGAGAAGCUGGCGGUCGCGUUCGGGAUGGCGAGGUCGGGCGGGGCCCGGAGGGUCAGGGUUGUGAAGAACUUGAGAGUUUGUAGGGAUUGCCAUAAUGUGAUGAAGUUGAUUUCAAAGGUUUAUGAGUUAGAGAUUGUGCUGAGAGAUAGGAGUAGGUUUCAUUGUUUCAAGAAUGGGAAUUGCUCUUGCAGAGAUUAUUGGUGAAAUUACUUGAAAAAAAGUGUGAUUUUUUUUAUAAAGAGUGAUCUACAAACAUUGUCUCUGAAUUUUAAAAAUAUCUCCAGUAGUCCAUGGGCUAAGAGUUUAUUUCAAAAUU